UGUACUAUUUAACCAAGGUUCUUUGCAAUAGACUUGUUACACUUAAUUCGGAUUUUGAGCUUAGUAUCCCUUCUUGUUUGAGCAUGCCUUUUUUAUUAGCUUUGCAUAUCAUUAACUGUGGACUUAUUUUUCUCGUACAAGGUCAAAAUUUAUAUUUAUCAACUAAAUUUAUGUAUGGAAAUGUAAUUUUUGCGUGGACCACCUCAAACUAUUCCUUCUACGACGUUCAACUGACCAGGGACACAACAAAGGAUCCAUGGACCCGUGUGUCUGAUACACAGUACACUGUGAGGGAUGCAUUAUUGUAUGACUCUAUUACUAUCAACGUGAGAACACCUGGAUCAGUUGUUGACAACAAAGAGACGUACAAUGUCGUGAAAAUCAAAACCAAGGUAGGAGACACGGUGAAUCUAUCAUGGACAGCGCUGUUCUUUCCAACAGCCGGACAAUAUAAUGUCUUCCACACGUAUAAAGAAAACAGAACUAUAUUCAGUGUUAGAAGCAGUGGUGUAAGAUAUGGAGGAAAUAAUCAGUCGACAAAGUACACAUACCUCACCAGACCGUUUACUUCCACUAACAUCAUGUUUGAGAUAAGAGACAUAACUCUGGAUGACGCUGGAUAUUACAAUGGUGGAUCGUGGGCUGGAGCUGCAUGGUCAGGUGGAGGUGUCGUACUGAUUGUACACAACAAACCUUCGAGGCCUAGAAUCACAGGAGACCUUGACGUUGAGGUCAAUAAUACCAUACCACUGACGUGUUCCAGUCAAUCAACCUUAGCCCCAGACUACUACUCCAGGCUCGUCACCUUGUCUUACACCUGGUUUGUCAACGAAACUAAAAUAGAUAGAGAAACCAGAGAGAACUUGAGAUUAUAUGUAACAAGAAAUCUUAAGUACAACCAAUACUCGUGUACAGCGACAGAAACAGACAUUGAGUCAGAUAGGAGUGAUACAGUACAUAUCAACCCACUGUACGGACCUGACAGAAUAAAAAUCACUCCAGAACCUGUAUUGAACGUCAAUGGCAACCUAACGGUGAGGGAAGGGGAGACUAUUGGUCCCUUUGUUUGUACAGCGGAUUGCAAUCCACCGUGUAAUAUAUCGUGGAAAGUAAAAGACCCCGAUGGAUUCAGUGAUGCUCUUUCAGAGAUGAGGACGUUAAUGCAACAGGCAGUGCAGAGAAAUAUGCAGUUAUUCCGAUGCAUAGCACACUGGAAAGAUAAGAUGUUUCAAAAAAGUAUUCAACUUGAUGUUCAAUAUCUAGACAUUUCUACUAUAUAUAUCAAUGACGUAUCGAGUUCUAAUGUUGAAGUCAGUGAAAACGCGACAUUGAGAAUAUCGUGUCACGUGGAUGGAAACCCAACCCCAACACUACGUCUCAGUAGGGUUCAGGCAGACACUGAACUCGAUGAGAGACAGGGGGCGUGGCUGAACUACACCAUAGACACGGCUCAGUGUACCGACACAGACACGUAUAGAUGUAGAGGGACAUCCACAGGAUUCAAUAACAGAGAAAAAGUGUUUAGCAUUAACGUUCCUUGUAACACCAGCUUUGAUAGCAGAGGUAAUUUCAAAUCCACAUAUGGGUCAAAGAGUGGACUUGACACCACAGUAAAUGUUGCUGUUCCAAUCAUUGCGAACCCCCAUCCACAGGCAUCUGACUUCACAUGGAUCGGCCCUCUACAUGAACCAGUGUCUGCUAGGAUAACUAUUUGCAUAGGAGAUGUGGCAUACAGACACACAAUUAGAAGCUCUUUACCUGUCAAAGAUCGGAUUUUUUUUGGAAGCUACACACUGUCGUACAAAGGGGAAAUAAUCACUGAAAUAACAAUAAACCCGGAAGAUGAUGAGACAUCGAGACCAUAUAUCGUUGCAAUCGCUCUGCUUUCUUUUCUCCUGGGUUUGACCUGGCUAAUCGUGGCAUUGGUUGUAAUAUAUAAAAGACGAUAUCACUCUGUUCAUCAGAACAGUAAACAUGGCGAUGAAAGCAUCCAACCUGAAGAAGCUUUGAAUAUGACACAGCAAUACGAUGAUGUACACGAUAUGGUUGCAGACCAACUUGAAGCGCAGAAUAUGAGCCAAGAUUACGAUGAUGUACAGGCUACGGUUGCAGAAGGGAACUACACGAACGCAAAUGGAGACAACACAGUAGUAGAGGACAGUUACACAGAACUAGGUCGACGUGACCCAGAAACUCCGUAUGAAGAGUUAAAAGCAUAAAUAGUGAUACUGAUAAAGGUUAAGGAAAUCUAAAGAACGUUACAUGUAAAAGACGCUGACCUGAAAAAAAAAACAAACCAUGUUUUCAAUUUGUUUAAUAGAGUAAUAUACAAACUGUCUUGAUAAUUGAUAAGAUCAGUUCUGUAUAUAAUGCUUUUUUCUCAAAAAUAUCAAAUGCCAAACCCUGGGUCCCCUUUUUCAACUGGAUUAUUCCUUAGUCAUAUUUUGUAACUGUUCUCUAGAUAAUUGCAUGCAUUAGUUUUACUUAUUUCUUUAUUAUUACGUGUACUACACUCGUCCCUUUUUGUUUUUAUUUUUAAGCUUUGUUGGAAAAAAAGUUUUAUCUAUACAAUGAUGUAAUCUACUAAUGUUUUUUUUUAGAUAAAGCUUUUUUACCACAAAGUAAAGCAAACACUAUGUAAUCUUUAUAAUAAUGAAAUCAAAAUAAGAGACUAUGACAUCAAUUCACAACAAUUAGCCAGUAGUGUGUUAGUUUAAAUAAGUUUGUAUAGAUAAGCUUACAAAGUUAAAUCAGUGCAUGAUAUAUGAUUUUCUCGUCCACCGGCUUCAAAGCUAGUCCUGUCAAUAUAAAUUUCAAAAUUUUUUCGAGCCUCAAAAAUUAUGUGUAUGAAUAGGUGCAUAUAACAUAUUUUCAUAUUGAUAGAUUUACAAACCAAGUAUUCCGAUCAUAUGAUAAAGUUUCCUAAAUUAAAACACCGCAAGCAAGUCAUUGUGUUUUACAGAUGUAGACGCUACAAGGCUUAGUCAGUAAAUGAAGAUUUAGUUAUUUACCUCUUGAUAUCAGUUGUUUCUUGUACAUUAAAUUUUAUCAUUGCAUGUUUAGAUUGUUUUUAGAACAAUUUUUACAAUAAAACGUGAAUGUAUUACGAGACAUAUAUCGUAAUGCAGAAGUAAACGUCAUAUAAAUAUCACAAUUUUAUGUUUUAUUUUGCUUACAUGAUAAACUGUUCGUAGAUAAUUAAAACAAUUACUAUAGAGGAAAUUUUCUUUAAGCAUGCGCAGUGAUAUGAUGCAGGCCUGAAUGUUUAUGAUUUUUUAUAUAUAGAAGAGGUACGCAUCUUUUUUUUUUAAGAUAACAGUUGAAAUUUUCUUGAAUUACCAUUAAUUUACUGUUUGUCCUUCUUGCUGAUUAAUUAUAUUUCUUUGG